UCAGUAGUGCAUCAGUCUCACACAAAGAACAAAGUCUGGUCUGUCAUGGGGGAAAUUUGAGACGUGUUUUAUAAGAGAGACGCAUUUGUUCUUUCAUUGUGAAGCUAAUCAGAGUGGAACUUGUGCAUUUGCAUUAUUACAUUUUUAUACUUUUUUUCUGCUCUUAAAGCACGAAUGGAAAGUAAUGUGACACUUUCCAUGAUAAUUGGAUAUCGUGGUGUCGUGAUGUCGUGCAGUUUUUUCGCUACUGAAAUAUCAUCAUCGCUCGUCCAGUCCAGUUACAGACUAAUAAAUAAUAAGCGUCGGGUUGAAGAGGGUCUCUUAUCUUCUCGGCUGGACUGAUUAUUAAAUCACCAUUUGCAAUCUGGUUGCAAAAUGCACUAAUUUUUGUGUAUGCAUACAAAACCCAGGACAAAAUAAAACUCGUUGUCAGUCAUUAUCAGAUCAGAAGGUCGACUACUGACUGACAUUGUCAGCAAUGUUUUGUUACUACUGUAAAAACACGGUGUUGUUUAAUUUUGAGUGUUUCGAGAUAAUGUGGGGAUUGACUGACACUGAACUUAACUAAAUAUGUAAUUACUGUACAGUGAAACCAGGACUGAAAAUUCUGUAACAGUUUGAGAGAACAAUUACCAAGUAUGGUUAUCCAAAAAUUAUACAAUUCCUUCCACCAGAUAAGUAAGGUGAUUAGUCCGACCGUGAACUUUCUCCAGUGAGAUAUUUAUUUAUAUAGUUUGGUGGUUUGAGUGUCACGCUAUCGGACUCAUUAGUGACCAGCAGACCAGUGUGUGGUCAUAAAUCUUGAUCCCGUGAUUAUACACACAUUUCGGACGUGAACUGAACCAUGUCUUGGAUCGAGGACCCCGGCAUAGCGGAUUUCAGAGGUUUCAACAUCUCCCAAUUAGGUCUGGACCAGGCCUGGAUAAAUGUCACCUCACUCGUCGAGGGGACAGCUUUAUGGGUCUACGAAUUGUCGUCAGACUGUCAUAAAUGCCCCUUCGAAAAGAAGACAGCACUGAAUUUCAGCGAGCCUUAUAAUUUUAUCGUUAGUACAAAAUUUCCCAUGAAAUAUCGCUUCCGAACGAGAGGAGAUGGUGAAACUUAUGUCAAAGAGUCGGGAAAUGAUAGCUACAAAUUUUGUGAUAUUGACCAAAAUUUUGGAGAAUUCGGCGUGUACAAUAUCCACCUCGGGGGAUCGCAACGAAAUCCGGAAUGCCGCGUGGAAACUGCGUUGGAUCCCGUUAACAUUUACUAUCCUCUUCUUCUCGCCUUUUUAUUCUACUUGAUCUUCGGACUCUUGUUCCUCCUCGUGAGCACGGGUCACACUCGACUAAAGCUAUGGUUCAAGUCAUCCUCGUCCGGUUCGUCGUCGAAAACGUCGUCUUCCUCGGUAGACAACAACCCAGCGGGCGGGGGAGGAGCAGGUGGUGGUGAAAAUGUCAUCGUAACGACGACACCACAUCCGAGCAGUAGUAGUCAGCAACAAAUCUAUGGAAUCACGUCGGCGUCGUCGUCCUCCAAUCCAAAUGGGGUUAGACGACUCUCCACCGCUUCAGGGUCUGGCGUCAGCGUGGGCACGAAUCCACAUUACGGGAACAAUGGCGUGUACGGAUAUAAUCCGAACUAUGCCCCGGUUGGAGUCGCCCCUGAAGCGUCAUACAGUCCCACGGCCACGACGGAAGUGUCCAUUUCGACAAUUUCCUCCACCCCGACCUCCACGACGGUGACCACAUAUGGAAAACCCCACCAGCAGCAGGGGAUGUCUUCGUCCAUCGAGGCCAACCCUGCCGUCAGGAUGCCAAUUAAUCCCACCAUCAGCAACAACUCGACUUCAUCAUCAACUAAUACUGGCCCCAUUAAUAAUAAUAAUAAUAAUAACAAUCAUGCGAGUCAAAAUCAGCCACAAAGCCAACCCUCCAGACAGCAAAAGAGAUUGAGAUCACUCGAUACGUUCAGAGGGAUGUGUAUUUUGGUCAUGAUUUUCGUGAAUGACGGUGGGGCCGGAUACUACUUCUUUGGACAUGCGACGUGGGAUGGACUUUACAUCGCCGACUUGGUUUUCCCUUGGUUCCUGUGGAUCAUGGGAGUUUGCAUUCCGGUGUCAAUCAAGUCACAAGUAAAACGUGGAAAUUCCAGGUGGACUAUUUUCAAGAGGAUUUUUAUCCGUUCAUGCAAACUCAUUUUGAUUGGAAUACUUCUUGGAUCCUUAUGGGGACCUGUUGACAUCAAUACUAUGCGCAUUCCUGGAGUUUUACAGAGGUUUGGAAUAUGCUAUUUUGUCUGCUGUACCCUUGUGUUAUUCUGCAUGACGGUGAACAUCACGAAACCUGAAGCGAGUAAAAUUAGAGCUGUUCUUCAAGACGUUCAGAUAAUCUGGAUCGCCUGGAUCCUCGUCCUCCUUCUUGUCCUCACUCAUUGCAUGCUCACAUUUUUCUUGGAAGUUCCCGGAUGCCCGACCGGUUAUCUGGGACCGGGCGGACUUCACGACUACUUUUACGAACCUUACCAAACCAUCGGACCACACUGCAUUGGCGGCGCGGCUGGCUACAUUGAUAAGGAAGUUAUCCAAAAACGACACAUUUACCAAUGGCCAACCACCAUUGGGACCUACAAAAGUGAAGCUUACGACCCCGAAGGACUUCUUGGCAUGCUCACGUCCAUCUUCCAAGUCUGGCUGGGCGUUCAAACCGGUGUCACAAUGUUGGUCUAUCCGAGAGCAUCGUCCCGUUUGAAGCGUUGGGGGGCAUGGGCAGUUGUCACCGGAGCGCUGGGUACACUUUUAUGCGGCUGCAAGCAAACUGGGGGAUGGAUUCCACUAAACAAGAAUUUAUGGUCGCUAUCCUUUGUCCUGGUCACCAAUUGCUUCGCCCUCCUCCUCCUCGCCUUCCUCUACUUUGUCAUCGACAUUAAGCGGUGGUGGUCGGGGUCACCCUUUUUCGAACCGGGGAUGAAUUCUAUCCUCCUCUAUGUUGGACAUAGCGUCGCAAACAGCAUGCUCCCCUGGCAUUACGUUUAUGGCCCGAUGAGGACACAUUUCGCCCGACUGAUCGAAUCCCUUUGGGGGACGUCCCUCUGGGUCGUGGUCGCUAUCUAUUUGUACCAAAAGAAAACAUUUUGGACACUUUAGACAGCUUUUUUUUACAUUAAAGAUGUAUCUCUGCCAUAAAUCAUAUUUAUAAUAUUCAUCUUGCCUUAACUAUCCAUUUAUUUUUCUGUUAUUAUUAUACAUUUAUACCUGUGCAGAUUAUUAUUACUGUAAAUAUGUACAUAUAUACUAUAUUUUAAUUGCAAUUAUGUAGCUUUCAUUAAUUAAGUCAGUGUUAUUGUAGAAUUGGUUAUUAUAUGAUGGUAAUUCAUAAAAUAAAUAAAUGGAUAAGUUUAAAGAAAA